GUACCGCGGCUUGGCUCUCGGGCGGAGCAGGCCAGGCUCGGCUCGGCUCCGGGCUGGAGGAAGUUCGUGGGGCUGCAACUGGGAGGUGCGAGGUGUGGAUCAGCUGAUCGCGCUGCGCGGCUGCCGGCGAGCUGAGUCAGGCAUCAUGGAGCGUUCCGGAGCUCAGCUGCUGGUUUGUUUUCUCCUCACGGUGCUGAUCUGGGUCCGUGAAAUUCCAGCAGUAAGCAUCACACAUGUUACAGCACGGACUCUUUCUCCAUGUUACUCUGCCAAUCUUACACCGACAUCAGACAGGCUAAUUUCUGCUGUAGGCUGCACUGUGGUGUUCUCUCCACCAGGCCUGAAUUUUAGCACUGGGAUUGUACGCUGGGAUUAUAAAAAUGUCUCCUCUACAGUUCUGUCCAUCAUAGUAUAUUAUAAGGAGCAAUCAAAAGUUGAUUUACAUCCUUCAUAUAAUGGGAACGUUGAGUUCAGCAAAACCCAUUGGACUCUCCAAAUAAAAUUGCAGUUGGGAGAUGGAGGAAUGUACAGUUUUAGAACAAACUCCCAGGAAACUAAGUGGUUCCAGCUGGAGGUUAUUGAGCCCUUGUCUCAGCCAGAACUCCGGAGCAACUCUUCCUUGGUGGGCUCCACCAUCGAAUUUGUCUGUAAGGUGCCAGUAGGGAAAGUUGAUUCCUAUCGGUGGAAGAAGGAUGGCAAGCGUCUCCCUGAAGACAGUCGCUUCCUGCUCUUUCAGAAUGACAGCAUUUUAUGUAUACUGAACACAGCACUGUCUGACAAUGGGGUGUACACCUGCGAAGUCAGCAAUCAAGUCAGCUGGAAUGAAACCUCCCUGAAACUAGACAUCCAGAAUCCUUUAAAUGUGGUUGUGGGAGUUGUCGUGGUGAUUGGCGUCCUUGUACUAGUUGCUGUUUUAUGUGUUUUAAAGAAAUAUCUCACGUGUCCAACACAGUGUUUCUGUGGAGACUCUAAUCCUAGACACUGUUUGUCUGGCGGUUGCUCAAGUGGACCAGGGGGACAUGUGGACUGUAAGGAGCAAACGUCACCAUCUUCUGGGACCCCAGAAACCACUGUGGCACUCUUGGACCGGAAUCCUCUUGAUUCUGAAAGGCAUCCUAACCAGGCUUCAGCUGCGUCCUGAACAACACCUCGGUUCCUGCUGUCACACCCUCUCGUGUCCUGUUUCCUUCCCCACCUUAUUUCUUCACUUUCCUGUCAUUCUCCUUUUUGCCACCUGUUUAAGAAGAGCUUGGCUUAGCUGGCCAAGACGGCAUUUUUUGUUGUUGUUGCCACACAGCUGUGAGCCCGUGACCAGCAGCAGCUAAAAGCAGUGCCCUCUACAGCCCAACCCUGGUACACGUUUCCCAAGUCUCAGGGUGCCUGCUGAGUGCCGUGCUGGUUUCUCCAGCAGCAAGCUUGUGAGUAAAGGUAUGUCUGCACAGUUAGACCGAGCAAUUGCUAGCCAGGUUAGCUGAGCCCAGGUGCAAGCCUUCUUGGUUAAGCCUAAUUGGUUAUUCCUACUCGUGUGAUUGUAUCCUCACUGUUUCUGCACUUAUCGGUGCAUGUCUGGGGCAUAGCCCAUGGUUCUUUGUGCUGAGAUGCUCUAGGACUCUUUCCUGACCAACUGUGUCAAUAGCAGGUGAAGCUGUCUGUCCUUUAGGGGGAGUUGUGGAAAGACACUGAAGGGCUGCCAGCACUCAAGUGAUUUUAGCUUGGGUCCUCACUGCAAAGUGUGUGGGUUCCAGCCUGAGUGAAACGGAGACUGGGUUCUAAUUAGGGUUGCCAACUUUGAUUGGACAAAUUCCUGGAUAUUUCAUCACAUGAAGUAAUCUUUAAUUAAAGAUUAAUCUUUAAUUCCUGGAGACUCCAGGAUAAACCUGGAGGGUUGACACCCCUAGUUCUAAUUCACCCCACCCAGCCAGGUCAGCUAGCAUGGGCGUAAAGUACCGCCAAGCCUGGAUCAGAGAUUUUUCUUUGUGGAUGGUAGAGGAUUUAGGCUAAACCCCAUGAAGAACUCAGGUUUCUGUCAAGCAGGGGUUCUCAAACUGGAGGUUGUGACCCCUCAGGAGAUUGCGAGGUUAUUACGUGGAGGGUCAUGAGCUAUCAGCCUCUAUCCCAAACCCAGCUUUGCCUCUAGCAUUUAAAGAGUGUUAAAUAUUAAAAAAUGUGUUUUUAAUUUAGAAGGGGGAGGUCGCACUCAGAGGCUUGCUGUGUGAAAGGGGUCAUCAAUACAUAA